AUGGCAGAUUACGACCACAUCCCAAACGCUGACGCGGAACAUUCUAUCGUUAACACCAUGCUGAACUAUUAUUUCCGACACCGGCAUUUCAAAAACACAACCCAGAAAGAUGCAAUAUUUAAUAUAAUGAAGAGAGAAUCCGACGUAAUUGUUUCGUUGCCAAAGGGACAUGGUAGGACUUUAUGCUUUCAAUUUCCUAUAGUCAUAUGCCAGCAAAAAGUCUCAAUAGUUUUUGUUGGUCUAUCGUCACGGAUGCAGAUAGCCCGUUUGAAUCGUAGAGAAGUUCACGUAGAAAUCAUUGAUGCAAGGACGUCUUUGGAAGAAUUCGAUAACAUAAAAAACAGUAUAAAUGAUUUAUCCUAUAUAACAAGUUCACUAAAUAGUAUGCUCUAUGUGACAACCGAUGUAGUCCCUAGUGUUAACUUCUUGAACUUAUUUCAUUAUUUAAUUGAGAGGAAUAGUAUAGGGUAUAUAGUUGUUGACACAUCAUACUGUGAAAAUGACUGGAUAUCCGGUCAGACAGAUAAGUAUUACGCAUUACGUAGACUCCGAAAUACAUACUUGCAUAUCCCUUGGAUAGUCACAACCCAAAAAGCCAGUUACGAAAUCGCCAGUUGCAUAACUUCUACACUGUGUCUUAGAACUCAAAGACCUGAUACCCUCGGGGAUUCUAUACCCUGGUUUACUAUGAAUAUUGAAGAUGAUGAUGAUGAUGAUGAACUAGUCGACCGUUGA